AUGGCUAGACGCAAUAAGCUUCUCUCUACUACUAGUUAUCUUCUUUUUGUCCUUCUAGGUAUCGGCAUUUGUUCUGCCGCUAGAGUCUUGUUCACUUAUGAACCUGUCCACAUUCCUGAAACUGGACACGGUGGCGGCGCCGGAGUUGGAGAAGGGCAUGGCGGUAGCGCGGGUGGAGGUUAUGGAGGUGGUGGAGGCACCGGUGGUGGCGGUGGAUAUGGGGCUGUAGCAGAACAUGGUGCCGGUUAUGGAAGUGGUGGUGGUGGUGGAGAAGGGGGUGGUUCUGGAUAUGGAGCCGCCGGUGGCGGUGGUGGCGGUGGCACUGGCGGUGGGGGUGCAUAUGGUGGUGCCGGAGGUGCUUAUGGAAGUGGGGGAGGAGAAGGUGGUGGUGCUGGGUAUGGUGGUGGUGGUGGAGGUGGCGGCAGCGGUGGUGGUGCCGCUUAUGGUGCUGCAGGUGGUGCAUAUGGUGGUGGAGGAGGGAAAGGGAUUGCACAUGGUGGUGGUGGAGGUGGCGGCAGCGGUGGUGGGGCCGCUUAUGGUGCUGCAGGUGGUGCAUAUGGUGGUGGAGGAGGGAAAGGUGGUGGUGCAGGAUAUGGUGGUGGUGGAGAAUAUGGGGCUGGACAUAGUGGCGGUGCCGGCGGUGGAAGUGGUGGUGGGGCGGCUUAUGGUGGUGCUGGAGGUGGUGGAUAUGGAAGUGGAGGAGGUGAGGGAGGUGGUGCUGGAGGUGGUGGAUAUGGUGGGCCAGGACAUGCCGGUGGUGGAGGUGGUGGCAGUGGAGGCGGUGGUGGUGCCGGAUAUGGUGGAGACCAUGGUGGCGGCUAUGGAGGUGGUGAAGGAGGCGGUGCGGGUGGGGGCUAUGGUGGAGCUGGUAGUGGAGGAUACGGUGGAGCUGGUGGUGCAGGCUACGGAGGUGGUGGAGGCCAUGGCGGUGGUGGCGGAGAAGGUUAUGGUGCCGGCGGAGCUCAUGGAGGUGGAUACGGUGGUGGAGGAGGAACAGGCGGCGGAUAUGGCGGAGCUGGUGGAUAUGGCGGCGGUGCUGGUGGUGGCUCUGGUGGAGGUGGUGGCUAUGGUGCUGGAGGUGCACAUGGCGGUGGCUAUGGAGGUGGUGGUGGGGGUGGUGAGGGUGGUGGCCAUGGUGGCUAUGUCCCUUGAAACUAGUAGUACAAUUAAUUAUCUAUUCAAUGGUCUAAGAAAAUUACCUCUUCUCACCUAUAGUAUCAUGGACAAUAAGAUAA